CCUUUAAACACAACCCUUUGCCCUUAUAAAUACGUUAUUCUGACUACAACUUCAUUCCAAACAAAAAUUCAAUUACCUGGUUGUCAUUUCGUAUUCCAAGUUCAGCACAGAUUCAGAAGAUGGUUGAUAUGGAUUGUAAAGCAAAGAUUGUACCUUCAGAUAGUAUGCCCAGCAGAUCACCAAGGCCUUCGAAUUCGUCUUCUAACAAACUUACUGUUUUGGUUCCACCACCCCCAGUUCGGGUUCUUGAUUUGUCACCGGCCUCGGACGCUGCUUGCGUUGCAUAUGACCAUUACUUACGGCUUCCACAAAUUAGGCAGUUUUGGAACAAGGAGGAGUUUCCGGGGUGGAAAAAUGAGGCUGUAUUGAAACCGGCGUUGCAAGCUUUGGAGUUUACGUUUCGGUUUGUGUCCAUCGUGUUGUCGGAUCCCAGACCGUAUGCGAAUCGACGGGAGUGGAGGCGGAGGUUGGAGUCUUUGACGACGAGUCAGAUUGAGCUUAUUUCUCUGUUUUGCGAGGAUGAGGAUAUAGGAACGGCGCCGAUUGGUAAUAUCGGCGAAAGCGGAGGCGUUUUGAAGCGGGAGGGAAGCUCGGCGGAGGUGUGGAAGCUUCACGAAGGCGGAGAUGCGACUGUUUUAGUCAGCCAGAUAAGCGAGGAAAGCCUGUUGCCUCGGCUAGCCACGUGGAAGAAAUCUGAAGACGUAGCGCAGAAAAUUCUCUAUUCGAUCGAGUGCCAGAUGAGGCGUUGUCCGUACACGUUAGGGUUAGGGGAGCCGAAUCUCAGCGGCAAACCAAGCCUCAACUACGACGCCGUCUGCAAACCAUCGGAGCUUCAUUCACUGAGCAAAACGCCACCGGAUCAAGCUAAUGUCAACAACUACGAGAACCGAACGCUGUUCACAACGCACCAGAUCCUAGAAUCGUGGAUCUACGUCGCUCAGCAGCUUCUAAAACGAAUCGAAUCGGAAAUCGAUUCAAACGAUUUUGAAAACGCUUCAAGCAAUAGUUACAUUCUCGAACAGGUAUGGAAGCUGUUAACGGAAAUCGAAGAUCUUCAUCUACUAAUGGAUCCCGACGAUUUUCUCCGGUUGAAGAACCAGCUCGACAUUAAAACAACCUCCGAGACCGAAUCGUUCUGCUUCCGUUCCAAAGCGUUGGUCGAGAUCACCAAAGUCUCAAAGGACCUAAGACAUAAGGUGCCGUACAUUCUGGACGUGGAAGUAGAUCCCAUGGGAGGACCUAGGAUUCAAGAGGCUGCAAUGAAGCUUUACCGGAAAAAGCACAACGCCGAGAAGAUCCAUUUGCUACAAGGCUUACAAGCGAUCGAAGCGGCGGUGAAGAAGUUCUACUACUCGUAUAAACAGUUGUUGGUGGUAGCAAUGGGGAGCGUGGAGGCGAAGGGGAGUCUAGCUUUCGUGACGGUGGAUUCAAGUGAUUCAUUGGCUCAGAUCUUCUUGGAACCGACGUAUUUUCCGAGCUUGGACGGAGCAAAGACGUUUUUGGGAGAUUACUGGAGCCAUGAAGGAAGAGGUCGGUAGAGGGAUUGACUCGGUGGUGACUCGGUCUUGUUAGUGGGCGGUUUACAGACAGGAUUAGGUUGGCGGAAUUUCGAAAAGUUUGGAAGUCAAAGUAUUAGUAGGACUUUUAUUUGGGGAUAAGGUCAAAGGUCAAUCUUGUUGUAUACUAAAAUUAUUCAUGCGUUUCAUUCAAAAAUUCAAUAUAUGCCUCGCCAUUUAUUUUAUUUA